AUGGCUGUGCACGGUGCAGGGGACGCUAUUUCCGCACCGAGUGGCGCAAGUGUGUCCCUUCUCGCUGGACCUUUCUCUCAGAUCGUGCACAGUCGGUUUUCCAACACCCAUUACGCUUCCCACAAACCUGUGCAUAUUUCGACCUUGAAUGAGCUUCUCCGCUUGACCCAGCGGGCCCCUUCUUCGUUUAAUAUCCAGCCGUUCAAACUGGUUGUCAUCCGAGAUCCCACCCUCCGCGACAAGGUCGGCCAUCAAGCUAUGCUGGGUGCCAACGGCAACCGUGUUCGGACCGCGCCGGUCACCGUGGUGUUUGCGGCGGACGUGGAGAGCAGCCGAUUGAUGCCCCAGGUGGUGGUGCUCCUGCGCCAGGCCGGCACGUUUCCCGAAGGAUUUUUGAAGAAGAUACCUUUCUUUGCCAACCUUUUUUCUACCGGGUAUCCUUUCUCCCUGCUUCGAUGGUGCUUGUAUUGGGGCAAGCGCGUGGCAAUGCACGUGGUCGGGUGGUUUAAAGCGGUGCCACGAUUGGAACGCCCGGAGACCUGGGCCGUGAAGAACACGAUGCUGGCCGCCAUGACCUUCAUGCUGGCUGCUUCCUCCCACGGCCUCACCACCUGCCCCAUGGAAGGCUUCGACGCCCGGCGACUGCGGCAUUUGCUCGGGCUUCCGACUCGGUACGUGCUCCCGGUGGUGGUCUCCCUGGGAUAUGCGGCCACCCCGGGGGAAGAAGCGGCGCAGGGCGGGAAGGAGGGGCACGCGGUCUCCUCCAAGCAACCUCCCCCCUCCCUGCGCUUUCCCAUGGAGGAGGUGGUUUGUGAAGAGGUGUACGGCCGACCAUGGAAGGGCGUGGUUUAG